UUUGCGUGUUUUCUGGCAGUGCGGCAGCCGAGAGAAGCUGCUCUGGAUGCUCAGCUCCUCGUUGUGACCACAGACCUGGGCAACGAGAAAGCCAGCCAACUUUCCGCGGAGGGUGCUUCUUUUGAUUCAGUGGCUUUCACUGAACACCUUCUGUCCUACAUGGGUCUGAAACGACUAACCAAUGGGGAAGACGGGCAGCAAAACGGAGCGGCUUUUGGCUACCUGCCUCAGGAUGCUUGGCAAAAAGUGGCCCAGAGAGCAGAGAACUGUUUCAGGGCAGCCCCCUCCUUCCACUACAUGAUGGGAUCGUUCCAUGCAGAGCCGCCUUCUCCAAAGCAAAGGAUAGAACGGCAAAGGAAGGCCCCCACUAAAGAAGUGAAAAGGAUGAUGCCUACUCAGCUGAAGAAAAUGGGAGACUCCCAUCAAGAAGCAACAGAGAAAGAGGUGGAAAGGAUCCUGGGAUACCUGAAGAAGUAUUACCAAGAUGAUCCAACAUCACCAAUUUUCUAUUAUGAGUUUGUCAUCGACCCCAACUCGUUUUCCCGGACAGUUGAGAACAUUUUCCACACAUCCUUUCUCAUCCGGGAUGGGCUGGCCAGGAUGUAUUUGAAUAGUGACAGAUUACCUUGUAUAGCACCAGUGGAGGAGGGAGAGGUGGAAGCUGGAGGAUCAAGCAUCCGUAAACAGUGUAUUGUCUCCAUCAGCCCAAAACUAUGGAAGGAAAUAAAAGAGGCCUACGACAUCAGAAAUGAGCUGAUUCAGCCUGAAUAAUGGACCCUGCCAUAUUUUGUUAGAUGAUUAUUGUUUUUAGAUUUGUUGUUUUUUGUUUUUUUUGCCAAUCUUUACGAAUAAAAGUGCUUAAAAAAAAAAAAAAAAGGGAGUGCAU